GUUGAACCGUUCAGCGAUGGCGCUGCUGAAUCAGGGUGGUGGUUGUCAAAACUCACAGCACUGAGCGCUGAGAAGUGGGGAUUUCAGCGCCGUACCAAGACCUCGGUGAGGGACGUGCCUGGCUGGGGAAAGCUCCCCUGGAAGUUGCUCAUGUCCCCAGUUUAACUGAUGUUACUCCGUGUAUUUGGACAAGUCAGAAAAUGGGUAAGAAGAGUCGAGUAAAAACUCAGAAAUCAGGUACUGGGGCUACAGCCAGUGUGUCUCCAAAGGAAAUCCUGAACCUGACCAGUGAACUGCUACAGAAAUGUAGCAGUCCUGCACCCAGCCCUGGGAAAGAAUGGGAAGAGUAUGUGCAGAUCCGGUCUCUGGUGGAGAAAAUACGGAAAAAGCAAAAAGGUCUGUCUGUUACUUUUGAUGGAAAAAGAGAAGAUUACUUUCCUGAUCUAAUGAAAUGGGCCUCUGAAAAUGGGGCCUCUGUCGAGGGUUUUGAAAUGGUUAACUUCAAAGAAGAGGGCUUUGGUUUGAGAGCAACAAGAGACAUCAAGGCAGAAGAAUUAUUUUUAUGGGUUCCACGAAAGUUACUAAUGACUGUUGAAUCUGCUAAAAAUUCAAUAUUGGGGCCCUUGUAUUCUCAAGACCGAAUUCUUCAAGCCAUGGGAAACAUUGCUCUGGCCUUUCACCUGCUGUGUGAGCGAGCCAACCCCAACUCUUUCUGGCUGCCCUACAUUCAGACCCUUCCCAGUGAAUACGACACCCCUCUCUACUUUGAGGAGGAGGAAGUGCAGUGUCUGCAGUCCACACAAGCUAUCCACGAUGUCUUCAGCCAGUAUAAAAACACAGCUCGCCAGUAUGCCUAUUUCUACAAAGUCAUCCAGACCCAUCCUCAUGCCAACAAACUGCCCCUGAAGGAUUCUUUCACUUACGAGGACUACAGGUGGGCGGUCUCUUCUGUUAUGACUCGACAAAACCAAAUCCCCACGGAGGAUGGCUCCCGGGUGACCCUGGCCCUGAUUCCGUUGUGGGACAUGUGUAACCACACCAACGGCCUGAUCACGACGGGUUACAACCUGGAGGAUGACCGCUGCGAGUGUGUGGCCCUGCAGGACUUCCGGGCCGGAGAGCAGAUUUACAUCUUUUAUGGCACCCGGUCAAAUGCAGAGUUCGUGAUCCACAGUGGCUUCUUCUUUGACAACAACUCACACGACAGAGUGAAAAUAAAGCUCGGCGUGAGUAAGAGCGACCGGCUAUACGCCAUGAAGGCGGAGGUCCUGGCCCGUGCUGGCAUCCCAACGUCCAGCGUGUUUGCGCUGCAUUUCACCGAGCCGCCCAUCUCUGCUCAGCUGCUGGCUUUCCUCCGGGUGUUCUGCAUGACAGAAGACUGCUGUGUGUCUCUCGCAGAGGAGCUGAAGGAGCAUUUGCUAGGAGAAAACGCCAUCGACAGAAUCUUCACCCUGGGCAACUCCGAGUUUCCAGUCAGCUGGGAAAAUGAGGUCAAGCUUUGGUCCUUUCUCGAAGAUCGAGCUUCUCUUCUUUUAAAAACAUAUAAAACAACCAUUGAGGAGGACAAGGCUGUGCUGAAGGGCCCGGAGCUGCCCACCCGCAUGAAGAUGGCUGUGAAGCUGCGGCUCGGAGAGAAGGAGAUCCUGGAGCGCACCGUGCAGAGCGCGGCUGCCCACCGGAAGUGCUUCCGCCAGCAGCUGGAGGCGCGGGCGCCGCUGCCCAAGUACGAGGAGAGCAACCUGGGCCUGCUGGAGGGCGGCGCGGGCGAGUCGCGGCUGCCGCUGGUGCUGCGAAACCUGGAGGGCCAGGCCGGCGUGCAGGAGGCACUCGGUGCCGCCAGGCACGGCCUCGUCAACGGCGAGAACUCUAUCCCCAACGGGACGGCCCCCGAGGAGAGCUGCAGCCCCGGGGAAAGCCAGGGAGGGAUCGGAGAUGCCAAAGAACCUUCGGACCGCGGCGACGGUGCCCGGGUGCGGCGCUGAGCGACCCGGACCGGACCGGACCAGUGGACGGCCGUUUCCAUGCUGUGUUCUUGUUAACAGUUUUCUUUUCCGCAGAGAGGAAAAUAUGUUUUUGCUGCUUUAUAUACAAAUGAUUUUUUAAGUUAUUUUAAAAAUCUAGCUUUCUGAUUAAGAUUGCCAUCUUGCUUCGAGGCAGAACACGUGCGCUAACAGUGUCGCAGAGGGCGAGAAGGGCCUGGGGCCGCAGGCCCAGCGCCGCGUGGUGUCCUCCCUUGCUCAGCAGUGCUUUGUGGCCCUCACGCUGAGGUCAUGCCGAUGGCAGGAGGUGACGCUUGCUCGGCCUCCCGUAGGUGGAUUGGUGACCUCCUGGGCUGCAGCGAGAGAGCGGCAGAGGCGAUGCCCAGAGUCCAGGCAGAAUCUUUUGUUUUCCUCCUGAAAAUAAUACCCUAGUACUGAAAUAAAAUGUAAGGUGGCAACCUUAUUUUUAAUAGUUUGAAAUGUUGAUGAUAAUCCUAAUUAUAUAAAUAUAUAUGCACAUAUAUACCUAGUGAUUUCUAAAAAUUUGUUUACUUUUUGUGUUUUGUUUCACUGUAUUGAGAACUUAUCCUCCCUUCUCAAUCAAAGUAGCACCUGCAGCCUGCUCCAGACUUCGGAUGCUGGCGGUGGUGCCUGGCGCUGGGCUCGGCUCAGGCGGGACACCAGGUGGGUGCAAACCCCGGUGGCCCGUGCAGCCUCCCCUGUUGUUCGAAGCGAGGCAGCUCCCUGGCUUUUCUGGUUUUCACAGCAAGCUAGAGAUUUUCCAAGCUCUCCUUUUGAGUAAAAUCCCUUAUUAAAAGAAAAACAUGAUUAA